ACGGUGAGUGGCCAUCAGCUGUCCCGCCGCGCCAUUGCCAAACCUCCUCCCUCUCCUCAUAUUAACAACCCACGCAAUAUCGUACCUGUAUUCGUUUCCGAAUGCCAUUUAUGUAUAAUAUCCAUUUUUUAUAUAUUGAGAUUCAUUAAACUGAAAAGUGAAAGAUUGAGCUGGUAAUGGAUAAUUCUCGAGACGUGGCAGAUGCAUUUAUCAUAUGAUGAAGGGUGGCAAAUGGAGACACUAGUGUGAGGAGGCCAGUGUGAGGUGACUAGUGUGAGGUGGCGCGUCAGGUAACAUGGUUGAGCAAGUAUGACCCUGCACAAGCUCUGGUGGUUGGCUUGCGUCAGCCUGGCACUAGGAGGCGGGUUCCUGCUGGCCGAUGAUGUACCUCUGAUUCUGAAUAAUUCGGGUCCAGUGGUUCUUGAUAUGCCAAUAUGGUUUUCAGCUGAACUAACAGAUUAUGAGGAAGGAGAAGUCUUGAAUUGGCAGUGGUCAGAUGAUCUCUCUCAUGGAGCAAGUCAAUAUAUUAAUGGAGAAAAAGCCUACUGGUCCAUUACAUAUGAUUCUGAAGCUUUUUCGUGGUAUACUGGAAAACGCACAGUUCAGCUCAUAAUCAAGAAGCGGUAUGGUGUUGUCUGGCUUACAAGAAACAAAGCAAGUACAUCUUAUGACCUGACAGAAUCAUUAAAUGGAGAGCUGACAGUACUUCAACCAAAUGUGACUUUGGCAGUAUCAGGCACCAAGUAUAUAUCAACUGCUAAUGAAACCAACAUCACAGCAGUUAUCCAUGAUCCACAUGACUGGCUGAAGCAACACACAGAGAUGUCCAAUUUCUAUUGGAUCAUUAAUGAUGGUUUACAUGCAUUGUGUUCUACGCCAUCGUUGAUUAUCAAUAUAACCAAGCCUGGCAAUUAUACCAUCCAAGCCAACAUUAUAGUGGACAUUUCAAAUGAAAUUAUCACUACCACAACCACCACCACCACAACAUCCACCACCACCACUACGACAACUACUACACCCAAAUCAGAUAAUCAUACAACCACAUCACCACCACCAACCACAACAUCUAUAGCAACUACUACACCCAAUGGUACCACAACUACACCUACACCACCAUCACCUAACAAUAGAACUUGGAGAUGUGAUGGGUAUUGGCCACAGGCAGGACAUUCUGGUGGCUUGGUAGAAGCAAGAAACCUUAAAUUGGGAUACUUCCAUAAGAAAAUUGUUGCUAAACAACCAAUUGAACAACUGAAUGCGACGGGAAAGACCUGGCUUAAACAUGGAGAGUUAUUCAAUUUAACCAUACAGUGCUCUGGAUCCGGCCCAUGGGGCUACUGUCACAAAGUUUACAGUGGUGUCUAUAAUGUCACUGGUAACGAGACGUGUGAUAUGGAAGACAUCACCAUGACUAAUGAUUGCAACUUCAUGGCCAUCCAUUACUUCCGAGAAACUGGAACACACACAUACCUCCUCAUCAUCAACAAUGAUAUAUCGCUUGUUAUACAACCCAUAGCUGUUAUUAUAUACAAUGUGGACCGUAAGCCACAGUUGUCUUACAUCAUCAUCCCAGUGUCUUGCAGCCUUGUGGUCAUCAUUAUUAUAGUAUUUGGCAUUGCUUAUUUCAUCCAGAGCAGACACCGGUACUCGGUUGAAGUAGCAGACUUUGACUUUGGUGCCAGUGAAGAUCCAGAAUACAAGACCUUGUAUGAGCAGUUGAAAGAAUCUCUAUCCCAUGCCAUUUCUGGGCAGGAUGUUGAAGGGGAUGAAGAAACCAAGUGGCGGGGCAGAGCACACAUUGUGGAGAGACCCCGGGUAAGGGAUUAUGGAACUGUGCCACGCUGAUGUUUGCACUUUACACUGAUAUUAUGAUUCUUGAAGAAGAAGACUGAUCUGUCGUAAGAUAAAUGUGCCUUGUGUUACAUUUAAACCCUUUCAUUAAAAACUAUAAACAGCAAUCAUUGACUUAUGGUAUAGUCUUUUUUCCAUAAUAAUUCUUUUAAUUCACAAAAAUUAAUUUAUCUUCAAUAAAAAUUAUUUUGUACAAUUUUUAUCAUAGGCUUGAAACUUUUACCAGGUAUUGGUACUAUUGAAUUUAUUAAUUGAUGAUAAGAUUUGUGAAAUUGUUCUUUUCUGUUUGGAAUAAAAACUUUCAUGGUUAGGGACAGCAGGUUCGUAACCAUGAAACUGAUCAACUGUGAUGAACCAUGAAACCAUGAACUGUAUCUGUGAUAAUCUUUUUUUUUUUUUUAUAUUGUGUGUUCCCAAUUGUUUUAUUUAAUAAGAAAGAAUACUGAUCGGAUUCUAAAAGCUUCCACGGAUUUAUAAAUUUGUUGUGUAAACGAAGUGUUAGAUCAUAUUCAUUGUUUGUGUAAAUUUGAUACAAUUAUGCAAUGUGGAUAAAAAAUAGAGUUAAAGAUUGGUGGCUUUUUGUAGAUGAUUGUAAGAACAGAUGUAGAGGACGGGGUCCUAUCACUACUGAAAUGGCUAUUGAGCCUAGUGUUAUUAGUACAUGAUUUUAUUUGUUUAGUAGUAAGUUAUUGCCUCUAUACUCCAUAUUUAAAAUACCAGGCAAAAGGAUGAAUUUCAAUAAAAACAAAUUGCAAAAUAUUAAUCACAAAUUUUGAGGUAC